AUGACUUUACAAAGUUCCAUACGCCGAUGCUCCCCGGUUACCAUGUCUCUCUCACCCAGCCAGUUCAACUCAAUGCAGCCAAAGAAUCCAUUCAAAAUCAUCACCGGUCUAUCCAACAACGCGUUUUCUUUCUCUUUUUUUUUAACUUUCACGACAAACUCAAAAGGAGAGAAGAGAAAAAAGAAGAUUGAGAACAAAAGCAUUCUGAGACGGCAUAUCAAUAAACGAAGGACCUUAACAAACACAGAUUACACAACGUCCUCUAACCUAUAUGCCACCUACAUGUCAGUAGAAAACAAUCCUUGGAAAGAAUCCGAGGUUACACCAACUCAAUCACCUCAAAAGUCUACCACAUCAACCACAUCAACUACAUCAACGUCGCCUACACCCAAAAAGAAAUCUGCUGCACCACCAGCUAAUGGCGAGCUACGUCCAUUGAGAUUAGCCAGGCAAAGAGACAGGCUAUCAACUACCUCUGUUUUGUCCACUAGUCCUUCUGGUACACCAACGACUACAUCUUUUUCAUCUCCUGAUAGACGAUCAAGUGCCACCACAAAUACAACAACUACUGAAGAUGGAUUUCAAUGUCGGCCAAUUAGACUUGGGUCGCAUAGAAAUGUAUCCACUGAAGAAGUUAAAAAACCAGAACAGCCAGAAGCAACUAUAACUAGAAAGAAAUCAAUCCAGAUUAGGAAUUUACCGAUUAAGCGAAAUAGUGAAUCAAGUACUCAUUCGGUGAUUUCAGUGAAAAGUGGCAACAAUAGUGAUCAUACACCUGAGAAAGAUGACGAUAUGGUAUUUGCAAUAUGUGUUGUUGAUUUCCACCAUCAACGAGGUCCGGAAAUACAAUGGUGGAGAUCAAAUUAUCACCCUACAUAUACACCCGAUUUAUUUCGUAAUAUUCCAUUUCAGGCAUUACCUGAUGGAUCCCACUUGUUUGAGGAAACCUUUCUGAAUUUCAAUCUUGUUUACGAUUUUGAUCAGGGGAGAUCUAUUGAUGAUUUCGAAGCAUUGAAUGAGUUUCAAGGUGAUCCACGACAUUUGAAAACUUUAUUUGGAUGUUCUUGCGUAAGGCAAGUGCGAACUAGUGAAUUGUCGGCAGAAGAAAGAGAACGAAAUAAAGAUAUUACUAGGUCUAUCGUCCAAAAGGCAGUGGUUGUAAUUGUACGCAAGCAGCCCAUUUUCACCAAGAUAAAGGAGAAAUUGUCUAUAAUCACAAAGAGUUUCUUUUUGCAAGAAAGUUUAAAUAAUACUGAAGUGUUGGAUCAUUUGUUUGACAAUUUGAAUAGUCAGUUUAAGCUAGUGGAUAAUGAAUUGCAAGUUAAUCUCGAGCAAGAAGAAGAGUAUUAUGUCAAUUUGGAUCUACGAUCGUCAAUAUUGAAAUUUAAGUCCAACUUCAUGAUUAUAUUCAAGGCUUUAUUACUAGAGAGGAAGAUUCUCAUUUAUUCGACGGAUAAUUUGGAAAGUUUAGCACAAUUUCAAAACAACUUGAUUUCGCUUAUACCUAAUCUUAUUAACAAUUUAGAUGAUUCCGGAUGUCCACUUAUAGAUUACAUUGAAACAAAUGGACCCUUAGAAAAACCGCAAUCAUUGGUUUCGAAUAGUCGAGCAUCAAUGUUGAGAUUCUUUGGACUUCCUUUGCAAAUAUUCAAUACGAAAAAUUCAUUCUGGAAUCCGUAUGUACCAUUGCAACAGCUAAGUGAGUUGAAAGUGGAUUCCUUUAUGAUUGGCUGCUCUAAUUUGUUAUUCGUUAAUCAAGCAACAUUAUAUGGAGUUGAUUUAUUGAUUAAUUUAGACACUAAUGAAAUUACAUACCCAAAGACAUUGUCCACACCCGACUACCUCACAUUAACGCAUCAAGAUAAAAAAUUUAUUAAUCAUUUGAUAAGCACCGUUCAACCUGAUUCCAAGGAUUAUAUUGGUAAUGAUGAUUACAUCCGUUACCAAUUUGAAGAUUAUCUAAACUCGUUAAUAUCAGUAAUGAGAUAUCAUCAAUAUGCCAGGCGUUUCCAUCAACCACCGCCAGGAUUUUCCCCUGAUGAUCCAGCUGAAGGUGAUAUACACGAUUUUAAUAAAUCUUAUAUUCAAGCUUGGGAAAAGACAGAGAAUUUCAACAUUUGGCAUGCAAUGGCUGAUGAAUUUAUUUUUAAUUUUAUUGAACCUUGUCACAUUGGUCAUUCUUUGAAACAACCAGGAUCGAUAAAUAAAAACAUUGCUAAUUUUUUCAAUUCUUUUGCAUUUAAGACCAAUGCAGCUACAGCAGCAUCUGAUGAGUCUAAAGCGCACAAGUUUAUUGUUGAGGAUACCACCACCAAAAAGGAGAAUGACGAUGAGCUAGUUGCUGGAUUUGAGAAAGUUGGUGUGUCCCACAAUGACACUAGUGAUGAGGCAAAGCCAAAAUCAACUUGGACAAAUGGCUGGUUCAAAAAGAAAUAG